AUGGCUUGGUUGAUUAGAGGACCUAGUAGAUACGCUAAUCCUUACCAAAAAUACGAUAAUGGUCAAUGCAUGAAUAGUUAUAGCACAUUAAAAGAUGACAUUUAUCAAAGAAUUGAUCAUUUUUAUAAUGCUAGGCAUGAAAAUAUCUACAAGGAAUGGAAUGAAUUAUAUAGAUAUAUAAAAGAAAAAAAUGCUUCAAUAAAACAUUGUGUUGAAAACAGAUAUAUAAACAGUGAUUUUAGUAAAGAUGAAAAAAUAAACAAUUUCAAAAGUAUAUGUAAUAAGAGAGGCAGGUGUCAUAUUAAUGUAGAAUCUAAUAUUAACACAAAUCCCCCAUCAAAAAGAACUGGUACAGUUGAACGCUGUAGAGAACGCAAAAAUUGUAAGACCGAAAAAGCAGGAAAAGUCAAACUACAACCACAGUUGGAAGGAGAACCCUCAAAAGCAACUCUUUUACAAAGACCAAAAGCACAAGAGACAAGUCAAGAGCAUGCUGGUGGAAAAGAAUCUAAUAAGCAGAGAGAAGAUUUACCUGCUCAAUCAGAUUUAAAUACUCUCCUUAAUUCUAUUAAAAGCAAAGAUGAUGAAUCAGUGUCGGUAACUAAUAAACAGUCUAGUACAUCUGUACAAGGAAGUACUUCCCCACAAGCUUUGACUGAGAUAGGGGGUACACCAGCUAGAGAAUUAAAUCCCCAAGCAAAAGAUUCUCCCUCAAAAAGCAUUUCUGAUAGAGAAUCUGAUGCAAGGGGUACAUUACAAGUAAGUUAUUCAGGUAUAAGUCUUUUUCAAGGUAAUUUAUCUGAUAAUCAAACUUUAGAUACUAAUCACCAUAAUAUGCAAACACAUCAAGGUGGAGGUGUUGAAAACCAGGAUAACCAUGAAAAASUUGUUACAGAACUUUCUGAUAGAGUAUCUCUUCCUGGAAGUCAUUCUKCUCCUGAAAAACUUGACAACGAAGGUUCUGUUGAUAGCAAUAAUAAUGGACCAGGCAAUAAUGUUGAAGCACAUGUCCUUGAAGAUACUACUCCUUUAGAUACUAAGAACGAAGGCGUUAUUAGUGCAUCAACAAAAGGUGUAUCUUCUGGUGAUGCAAGUCCUAGUCCUAAAACAUAUGGUGAUGGUGUUCCUGGUGCAGUCAAUGGUAAAGAAAUACAAAAUGGUCAAGAACGUGAUAGUGAACAUAUAUGUAAUGAAAUUUCUUCCAGUGCAGAAAAGGAUGGUGAAUUAACUGAUUUCACACCUUUGUGGAGGGUUCUUACUAAAAAGAAUAGGAAAAAAGGAGCAGGUAUCAUUGAAGAAUUGAAUAGUGUAGCACAAGAACCUUCAAUUAUGGAUGACGAAAGAAGUAUUCCAUUUUCAUAUGGUGCUUUUGAAUAUUCAACAUUUGAUCAAAAUUCAUAUUAA